AAAUUUUAAUAUACAUACACAUAAUAUAUAUAAAUAAAAAUAUAAAAUGCCUUUAAGAGAAUUCAAAAUCGUAGUUUUAGGUUCAGGUGGUGUUGGUAAAUCAGCACUUACUGUACAAUUUGUUCAAGGUAUUUUCGUUGAAAAAUACGACCCAACUAUUGAAGAUUCAUACAGAAAACAAGUAGAAGUUGAUGGUAAUCAAUGCAUGUUAGAAAUUUUAGAUACAGCUGGUACCGAACAAUUUACUGCCAUGAGAGAUCUUUACAUGAAAAAUGGUCAAGGUUUUGUUCUUGUAUAUAGUAUUAUUUCAAAUUCCACCUUUAAUGAAUUACCAGAUCUCCGUGAACAAAUUCUUAGAGUCAAAGAUUGUGAAGAUGUCCCAAUGGUUCUUGUUGGUAAUAAAUGUGAUCUCCACGACCAAAGAGUUAUCAGUACUGAACAAGGUGAAGAACUCGCUCGUAAAUUUGGUGAAUGUUACUUUUUAGAAGCCUCUGCCAAAAACAAAGUUAAUGUUGAACAAAUUUUCUACAAUUUAAUUCGUCAAAUCAAUCGUAAAAACCCAGUUGGCCCAUCAAAGAAAGAUAAAAGCGGGUCAAAAUGUGCUUUAUUAUAAAUUUGUCAAAUUUCUCUCAACAGUUUUCUAUUUUUUUUUUCUAUUUUCACCAGCACCUCCACCCAAAAUAAUAAUAAUUU